UAUUUAGCAGCAAAGGUCACGGGUCAGUGCGUAAUAGUGCGUUUACACACGCUUUCAACGGUGUUGUUGUUUUUGUUGAUCCUUUCAUCUAGCUACGGCAGCUACUGCAAGUAAUUAACAGGUAAGCGUGUGAUGCCUAUACUUUGAACCAUGCCAAGCAGAAGAAUAAGUGUCAUACAGAAGUCGUCGACGUCUAGUGGCAGCAGCAGCAGCAGGACAACUGUCAUCAGAUCAUCAUCCUCUCGAGUGACCACCCUGGUCUCAUCAAGUAGGACACUGAACAGCCCCAUUGGGACAAGGGCACUCAGCACGCCAGUGAGAAGUCGGCUGUCACCAGGGUCCCCACUGACUCCAGGAUGGGUGUCAGGCAGUCUUGCUGUUUUUGAAUCACCUAAGUCGGCAUCACCAUCGCCUAAAAGACCACGAACACGCAGGUCAUCAGUGUACACCAAGAAAACAGUAGUGUCCAAGAUUCCUCAGAGGUCAGCCUCCAAGGCUGUAAAGAGAAGCAAUGUCUUCAAGAUGCCCACCGUCUUCUCCCCACCUGGGGUCAAGACACGAAGCAGGCGGUCCUCCAUGUUUGGUGGACCAGCUAAAAAGUCCCCCUUGCAGUCUGCUGCUCUGUCAGUCCGUGAGAUGGUGGAGAUUGUUAGAUCUACCUCGAUGGAAGAAGAAGAAACUGAAUCACCACCCCCCAAACGGAGGAUUCUGAAAGCACAGAGGGCUUCAUUGUUGAAGAAGCAAACAUCUACAACAACUAAGAGCAGGUCCUCAAAGAUAUCAUUAGACUCUAAAAAGGAUGUUUCACUUUUGUCUUCUCGUUCUAGCCGUGCUAAAAGAUCCAGCAGAAAGUCUCUCUCACCCAAUAAAUCUCCAUCAAGAUCUGAGAGGAGGCAAAGUAAAUCACCCGCCCUUGAAGCUAAGACAACACCGAAGAGAAGUCAAAGUGAUUCUCCAAAACAAUCGGCAAGAUCUACCAAAAAACGUUCGAGGGUUAAACAAGCAGCAGGAGAUGACUUGGAAGUUUCUUUUAAGGUUGUGACACCUAUCACACCACCUGCCCAAAAACGGAGGCGUGUGGUGGUUAGUUCCUCAAAAAAAUCAGGAAGUAAAUCAAACUCCAAAUCCCGACAAAGUCCCAAGAAAAGGCUGUCAGUUUCAGCAUCACCGCUGAAAAAAUCUUCAGCAUCAAAGGGGUCAACAUCCAGUACUCUACUGGUACAUAUGGAUGGGUUGAAAAGCUCUGGGUCCCCAGAUUUGUCUCCAGUUUCAAGCAGCAAGAAAUCUAUUAAGAAAAGUGCACCUUCCAAUCCAUCCACACCACGUCGACUUGAAGUAAGUCUUGGUGACUUGAGCAGUUCCCAGUUAUUGGCUGCAUCGACAGCAAGAUCUAAAUCCAGUAGCAAGAAAGCAGAUGCAUCUGCGUCGGCAUCCAAAAGAUCUCCAAAAUCAACUUCAAAGAGCAAGUCAAAGAAGAAGAGCACAACCAGAUCAUCAAGUUCAGCAAAGUCAUCCAGAUCACACUCAAGGAAAUUUGAAGAGUACAAGAGUGACUCCGAUAGAUCAGAUAUAUCUAUCACAAGUGUGGCAUCAACUGAAGAAGAAACACCUGGUACAACCCCAAGAAAAACUUCAGCUAAAUCUAGAUCAAGAGGCAGAUCGCGUUCACCAAGGAAAGUAACUCCUAAGUCAAGUAGGAAAUCAUCAAAGUCAUCUAGCCGAUCCACUCCGGUUAAAUCUCAACAGACACCUUCAACCUCAAAAUCUAGUUUCAAGAAGAAAUCAUCCACAAAGAGAUCUGCCAGGUCUUCCUCCGGAUCACAGAAGAGAACCCAUGUGAAUUCUUCAAAAGCCAGAAAAUCUCUUGAAGUCGCAAGUUCAUCUUUCUUGUCCACAGAAAUUAAAACAGACUCUUCAUCUGGCCCAAGAACACCCAAGUCUGUAAAAAGAAAAUCUCUGUCCCGAUCUUCUCUUAGUUCAGCUAAGAGAUCAUCCACCGGUUCUAGACGGCAAUCAUCAUCUUCAGUUAAAUCUGGACAGAAGAGGAGAUCUGUUGCAUCACCCUUGACCCCUAACAUCAAACUGACCACAAUCUCAUUGACCUCACAGACCAGCAGCAAAGCUUCACCGCGAAAAAAGCUCCAGAAUACAUCCAGGUCUUCUUUGGAAGAGACAUCCUCAAAAACAAGAUCAGUUGGAACACCACAAUCAUUUACAGGUUUAAAAUCUGGGAGUGGCUCUGCAAAGAAAUCUAUUGAAUCUGUAACGUCAACAUAUAGAUCCACUGAAGGCUUUUCCCCUGUGGCAUUAAAGUCUGGUCAGAAACGCAAGACUGCUCUUACCCCCUUUUAUGAAAGCCUUACUGCCAAGAAACGGCGUUUUAAUGACAGUACUGACUUGGUCGACAGUCCACUGGUUUCAAGCACACCUGUAGGAAGACUGUCAUCUAACUCUAGUCUCAGGUCUUCCUUUGGAAGUGCUGUCCGCUCAAGCAGGCAGAACAUGUCAAGAACAUUGUACAAGUCCUCAAGCACUAGGGGUGGAUAUGGAAAUGAGAACAGCAUCUUGGAUGGAUCCUACACAUCAAGUAAGUAUAGCUACUCCGGGAAUAGAGAGGAUGAUGAAGAGGAGAAUGAUGAUGACGAUGACAUGGUUGGAGAAGAGUACAGCACUAGGUACAUGUCGUCAAGUGGGGACAUGGAGAUCACCACUACCAAGUCCAGGUCGUGGUGCUCUGUCAUGUGAAUCUUGUCAUCUCGCUAUGCACAGAGGGCUGCAGAUCACCAAGCAGUUCCCCACGGGAUACAACACUUGUCUUGGUGUUUGGAACUCAGUUACAUUUACCUGUAGAAUAGGUUCUGCUAUUAUGUUCCCUCAAUGGUGUUGUUGUUUAUCCAUUUGACCAUGUUCACUUCUUUAGGUGGCCUUUAGAAGUAGUAUGAUGGACAAGGGAGAUAGUUCUGUGGAUAUAUUACAAUGAAUGCAAUGUUUAGGUGAAGAUACUAACACUGUUACCUUGCUUGAUAAUGUUGUUAGUAUCUACAUUGAAAUGUUGCAUUCAGGUGACCAUGUUAGUUUAACAUAUUCUUCUUCUGUUGACAUGUAAAUAUUGGUAGGAACCACAUGGUGAUGGUGUAUUGAAGUAUAGCCUUUGUUUAGCUUGGAAAGUAAUCCAGAAUUCAGUGUAUGAGAGCAGGGCCAGUACCCCAAUGUCUGGACUGCAGCCUGUGUUUGUGCCAGGCAGUACUCCAGCCAGAGGCCUACGGCAUGUGUCGGUCCAUCUCUGGAUAUCAUUGUAGUAGAUCCUAAUGUACUCAACAGGUUGCCUAGUACUGGUGAUGCUCUCUGAAUAACCCAAUGUAAACAUAGCUGUAGCUACAUGCAUAUAUACAGACAGCUUUCAUGUGUAUAGAUAGCUGUCAAUGUAUGUACUGAUGGCUAUAAAUACCUUUGGCUAGUGGAAUAUUGUUCAGACUAUUAUAACAAACAUCAACUGAUCACUGGUGUUCUGACAUCAUUUAUGUCUUCAUGAAAAACUGAUUUGUGGAAAGCAAAUGACAUUUCGAAACUUUCAAAUGUUUUAUUUGCCACUUGAUGUUCUUAAGUGAAAAUUUAGCCUUUGUUGAGAUGUGAAGGCUAGUGGACUCAAAUUAUCUCACCCUUUUGCCUUGUGCGAUACUCAGGUAUACCCAGCAUAUAUUUACAGGUAGCUUGUCGUACACGCAUGUAGUCACCAUACUGUAAUAGAGUUGUUCUUUUAUGCCUAUGCCUACUAUCUUGUACUUUUUGUGUCUCUUUUUCAUUUUGAGUCUGUUAAACAGACUUUAAACAGUAUAUGUCUAACCACAUAUUUAUUAGAUGAGCGACUUGUAUAUCUAAUAUAUUUCAUGGCACUUGUUUCAGGUCCAGAUUUUGUCAGUGUUAUUCAUAAUUCAUCUUUAUUAUAUAUUAGACUCUUUAAACAUUCAUCAUUUCAUAAGAAGUUGUAUGCUUUAGAAAUUUGUAAAGACAUUCACUUUAUUUUUGUAAUGAAUUUCCAGAAAAAUGGCAUUACCAGGCUGUACUUGGAUGUUAGCAUGAAUUGACUUGAAAUUGAUUGUAACUGGUCAGCAUGUACCACUAGGGUUUGUUUGUCAUCGGUCAUGUUCCAUGACAGCUUUGCCAACUGACGGGUACCAGGUAGUUCUUAAGGAGGGAGUUGCUUGGUCUAUCUAAAUGCAUGGCCAGUUGCUGGGUAAUAUUUUUAACAGGCAUCAUUAAGGUGAUUUUAUGAAAAGAAGUGAUAUUUUUGAAAAUUAUGAUAAAUCAUUUGUAUGAUAUACUGUAAAUCUUGAAAUUAACGUGAGCGUGAAUUACAUGUAAAAAAUGCAAGUGGUCUUUGCUCGCAUUAAUUAACUUCGCAUUCAUUUCUCCAAAAUGACUAUCAACAAUAAGACUGCACACUUUGGAUAGCGGAAAUACCAACUUGAAUAUAAACACAAACACGGUUUAUUGAGCAGUUGUCACAAGUAUAUAACAAUGUCACUCAAAGUAUAAGAAUUACACAAUGGGCAUCCUGGGAGUUAUCACUGCUGGGGUCCAGAGUUCUACCCACUUGUGUCAAGCUAGUUGUCACCUUCUCCGCAUAACAAUAAGUGAACUGUUGUUGGUUCAAUUAUUUUAUUGCCUUUGAACGUCCUUAAUGCCAGUCCACAGACUAAACAUAUAAACUGUGUGCUGCUUUUAGGAAAAGACUGUUUAUUGUUUUUAUGGAAGUGCUCCACUCAGUGCUAAUAAGCGGUGCUAUUUACUGUUUGAUUGGAUUAAGAUGGUGUUGAAUUAAGGUAAGGAUAUGCAUCAUUCCACUGUGGAUGGGGUGGGGGAGUCACAUUGAUAUUGAGUCACAUUUUUGGCUAGGGGUCAGCAGUCAUAUUAAUUUGGAGAUGCAUUAAUGUCCAGAUUUACAGUAGCUUGGGAUGUGGAUGGCCCAGUUGUGUAAGGUGUGAAGCAAUUCGCUUUACUUAACAACUUCUCCACAGAAACAGUCAAGGUUGCAUGAACAGUUUUUGUAGAAAACACACAGGUUUUGUAACCAAGAGAUUACACAUAGACCAAGCAGUGAGCUCCAGGGUGGAUUUUAUAUUUGUCUUUAGUUGUGAAACUCUCCAAAUUUUCUAUGUAGGAAUAUUGGCAAAAAUGUCACUGACCGUUUCCUGAAUUGUUAAUGAAUGAAAGUCCCCUGUACUGCAGCUCCUGUAGCUUGCUGUGAGACAGGUUGUUAUGUAGAUAAUACUAGUUGUGUAGCUCCUGUUGUCUGUCUAUGUAUCUCCGUCUACUCUCGUAGGUAUUAGUGUAGUCAACUGGUUUGUUGGGGAUUGGGGGUUUGUUAUGGCUGAGUUUGUUGUGUGAUGAAAAGAGGUUUGAAGAUAAGCUCUUCAAAAGGCAGCUUGUGGAUAAUCACCUUAGGUAGUCCGUGACUGACAUGUGUAGCAGGGGUAGACUUUACAUCCACCCUCAGCAUGGCCGCCUCGUGUUAGGCAUCCUGAGGGCUUGUAAAGUUCAACCUUUUAGGUUAUGAUUAGAUGUUAUUAAUUGGGCUUAUUCCAGGUUCCGUUUCUCUCACUGAUGUUGCAGGGCUCGAUUGAAGCCACUUGAUUUAACUUGCAGCUGGUAUUGUUGACAUGAAAACCUAGUUGCAGCAUAGGCAUAUUAAUUUAUCAAAGUUGAAACAUAGAUGCAUAAAUUUAAUAAGUAAGAUCACUGAUGACAGUGUCAUGAAUUACACACAAUACAGAUAUUAGUGAUGUAGUAUGGUUAUAAAGCUUACACAGGUAUUGAGUGACUUCAAAGCUCAAUGUUGUUUGGGCAAGUAAGGGUUUCUCCGACAAAAAAAAUAGAAUUUGUUUUAUAUGCACUUGGUGACAUAUUUAUUAGGAUGCUUUUUUUCAAAAAUAGGAUGCAGUGGUGCAUGUUUUGUGUAGCUGAAUCGAGCCCUGUAUUGUCAAUUUCACAUGUACAUAGCAUCCUUCGUAGGCGUGUUAGGACAGUUAUGAAGAUAAGGACCCAGGGUUGAUUAGCUGACAUUGCCAUCUAAGAUUUUCAAUGUUGUCAAUGAAACAGAAUAAGUUAUGAAUAUUGGUUAAUCCAGCAAAACUUCUUAGUUCGAGAAACUGCUAAUAAAAAUUACUUGUACAAUAGUAUCUGAUGAAAUGCAUGUCUCAUUUUGUAUCUUUCAAAUUAGAAAGCAUGUUGAGAUAAUUAUCUGGUAGAAAUAGCCUUCACAGUAGUUUCAUUGGAUCUUCCGUCUGAGAGCCCGGGGGUGUCAGGUAGGUGUUGCCUCUGGCUGUACUUUACAUUGUGAUUAGCAGCACAGAGCAUCAGAUGCUAUUGUUGACUUCCCCCCUGAUCAACUCAGUAGACCACAUGUUACAAUGUGUGCGUAGCAGCGUAGCUUGAUCCCCUGCUGAGAGUCUUUGUUAAACACCUCACACUUUCUUGUCUUUUGUUGAUGUGCAUACUCUGAAACAGGUUUUCCCCGAUUAAAACACUGGUUAUCAUGUAGAUUUCAACUAGGAUGUCAAUUUUGCCUGUGAUGUUGUUGAUUGCUUUUAGACAGAUUAUCAUCACAUGGGUAUUGAUAAAACAACUAAUUCUCACUAAUCUGCAAGUUUUAAAAGGAAAAGCAAAUCAAAGUUUAUAUGUUAAUAACUUAAGGCAAUUAUUGCUAUCCCCAGGUAUGUGGAUUACUGAGAUUUCAGCAUGCUUCCCAUUCACCCUUAAACACUAAAUGAACGUCUGUGUUUAUUUUGGCUAUUAGUUGAGCUCUCUUUUAAAUGUUUGUAUGAGAGAUGUUAGUGUGACGAUUUGGUUAGACAUGAACAGUUGCACAAGCAGUAGCCCCUAUUCAGGGAUAACUUUGUCUUUCAUAGAGCUCCAGAUUCAUGCAGGUUUGCGGUUCGUCAUUGGUUAUGUAUACAUAUAUAUAUAUAUUCAAAUUGCAUAAACAGUUGAAGAUAUGGAACUUGCAGUUACAGUAGAAACAGUCUCGUGUUGUCAAUGUCCUUUCAAUUUGACUCUUAGAUUAGACAUUUUCUUGCUGCAAGAUUGCCGAUGCAGCGUUAAGCAAUAAUUGAUUCUAGGAUUUGUGUUUCUUGUUUUAUGGAUCAGUGAACAUACAGAGGACAGUAAGAUGUUUCUUUUGAACCACAAGUCAUAUCUGACUGAAGGUCAGGUUACAAAGAGAGAGUUCAUUAAAAUAGGACUUCAGGAUAUUAAUUUUAUAAUACCUCUUAUUAGGCAAAUUAUCUUUUACUUACAAGAGCUUAUUACACAUCCCAUCUACAGGGGAGGAGAGCCCAGGUUAUCUAAUUUGUAAGGCAGAGUUACAUCCCUUUGGUGUACCAGAAACCUAUGAUCAUCCGUUUGAAAACAAGAUUUGCCCUGAUUAUGUUUCUAAGUUUGUCAGCACCAUGCCAGUUUGGUGGGUUCCACAAAAUUGUGACAGGUCUACCACCUUCAUCAUUGGGUCUUUCCUCUGCAGUAUUGUUCAAAGUGGCAUUAAUCCCAGCUCUAGAACAACAUUACAGCACUGACACUUCUUUACUUCUUUAGAGCAACAAUUUCACCCUUAGAGUGAGUGAGUUCAAGUUUAGCCCUUAGAACAAGAAACGUCUUGUUAUGUGUUGUAUAUGUAUCAUGUUUGUGAAGUUCAUAUCUCCUUUGUCGUCCCUCGCAUCGAUAUUGAUGAAAUAUUGCUAAAAGUGAGUUAUACCUCACUCACUCACUCACUCACUCACUCACUCACUCACUCACUCACUCUGCACAUGACCUUAGUUAGACUCAGGGAACAGGUGACUGCAUCCUUAAAGCCCCGCCAUCUUCUCUUAACAGUAAUCCUCAUCACCAUAGGUAAUGCUUGAGUAUCAUAGUCUGUUGUUAUUUAUGCAUGACACUGCCAGGAAAACGGAUUUCCCUGCCUUGUUAUCUUGUUAUUUUGAUAAUGCUUGUUCUUAACCACAUUGUUCAUUUGUGUAAUGGAGACUGAAUGUGAAAAUGAAAUUGAACAGUUGUAACCAGGCUAUACAACUUGCACAUUUUCCCUCCAGUUACUGAAAAUGGAGGUGACUAUUUGUUUUCUAGCAGUAUUUUAAGAUUCAAAUUGAAUAUGAUAUACAAUGAUCAAAUCAGUAAUUUCUUCAACUAUGAAAGGUUUUCGAACAUGUUGAAUUUGCACAUAUUUUUGUGUGAAUAUAUUGACAUUGAAUAAUACUCGACUGUUUGUUACCUAUUUUGUUGAUGUCCUCACACUGUUUUCCUUGAUGUCCCAGUAGUGCUAGAACCAGUAGAUGUGGCAGUAACUACAUCUCAUUAUGCAAUCCACUUUAACUUUCUAUGAGUUUCUGAAACAAGGUUUUUGAACAUGGUUUUAGAAGAAGAUAUAAUCUAUUUUGGUACGUUGUGUUGGCUGUCCAAUGAAAGCACUCAUCUGAAGAUUACUAAGAUGUGGGUAAAACGUUUUUACUGUUGGACUUUUACAUACGAAUAUUGCCAUACAUAUUCCCAACUUCAUGGUGUAUCGAUCAGUUUGGUUUGUUGUGAUGAGCAAUAUGCAUCUGAUCCGAGCACACUGAAGCUGAGAAUGGUGCCAGCUAACACAUGAACAUGACAUGUUGGACUCGGGGCACGUCAGUUGUCAACAGGGAUCUGUCUAACAUGUAGGCAGAAACAUGUCACAAGACAUUUACCUGAGUGUGUUGUCACAUGUUUGCAUUGUUGGAUGUCAUGCAAUAGAAUGUACAACAGCAGGUUGCCGUUGAUGUUAUACAAUGUAACAUGCUGUGUACAACAGAAGGUUGCCGUUGAUAUUAUACAAUGUAACAUGCUGUGUACAACAGAAGGUUGCUGUUGAUACUAUACAAUGUAACAUGCUGUGUACAACAGAAGGUUGCCGUUGAUAUUAUACAAUGUAACAUGCUGUGUACAACAGAAGGUUGCCUUAGAUAUUAUACAAUGUAAUAUGCUGUGUACAACAGAAGGUUGCCGUUGAUAUUAUACAAUGUAAUAUGCUGUGUACAACAGAAGGUUGCCGUUGAUAUUAUACAAUGUAGUAUGCUGUGUACAACAGGUUAACGUUGGUGUUAUACAAUGUAACAUGCUGUGUACCAACAGUAGGUUGCUGUUGAUAUUAUACAAUGUAACAUGCUGUGUACAACAGAAGGUUGCUGUUGAUAUUAUACAAUGUAAUAUGCUGUGUACAACAGAAGGUUACCGUUGAUAUUAUACAAUGUAAUAUGCUGUGUACAACAGAAGGUUGCCGCUGAUAUUAUACAAUGUAAUAUGCAGUGUACAACAGAAGGUUAACGUUGAUAUUAUACAAUGUAACAUGCUGUGUACAACAGAAGGUUGCCGUUGAUGUUAUACAAUGUAACAUGCUGUGUACAACAGAAGGUUGCCGUUGAUGUUAUACAAUGUAACAUGCUCUGUACAACAGAGUGGUUCCAACAGGUCUUGUUAUGCAAUGGGCUGUGCUGUGUACAUCAGAAUGGUUCCCAAUCAGGUCUUGUUACAUGUUGUGUUGUAUUUUUCAGAAAACAAUUUGUUAAUGUUAUCUCUUCCUCAGUUUUUAGAUGAAGGUUUUAUUUGGUGCAGAAAGUUAAUUCCAUCCAGGAAUAAAUGUUACUCUAAGCACACAA